AUGAUGUUAGUCAGUGCUGUAAUUUUUGUGUAUUACACGAUAUGGGUUGUCUUACUGGUAAGUACCAUGGCGGUGUAUGUUCUCUUGUACCCCAAUGAUCGGAACAGUCAUUAGGAUUGCCCUCUGGUUUUAUUUACUCACAUGAAAUCUUCUACUAGUACUAAAAAUAUUUAAUUCUACCGGAUUCUGAUCAGUUUUAACCUGAAAUAGCCACGAAGGAUGUCUUUGUGAAUCUUUUCACAUUUUUUUUACGUGACUCUCGUUGUCAUGGUUGUCUCUGUUUGCUAGAGUUGCAGUCUGGGGUUGAUUGUUAAGGGAGAAGUAAAGGUAAUUUUUUUUAAUGCACUGAAUCGCAAAUUGCAUUUAAAAUGCGUGCUUGUGUCAUAGAAAAGUUGUAUUUUGGUUAAUAGUUUUGAGAUUUUAAAUUACAAACCCCUUUUACAUGCAAUAACAGAGUAUUCUGCAGACUUCAUGUACUCAUGCAUUUUCUUUCUAGCCAUUUGUGGAGAAAGGCCAUCCAAUUCAGAGAUUAUUUCUACCCAGAAUAUAUGCUGUUAUAAUUCCAGUCAUUGCCGGUGUGCUUUUGUUAGGAGUAAUAGGUAACUGCUCUUUUUUUUAUACCCCUUCCACAAAUACAUCAAUUUUUUAGAACAGAGUAAGAGGACCUCUGAAUGAGAGAAGCAGCAAAAAUUAUCCAUACAGCAGUGGAUCAGGGUUUUUUUUACUGUUACUAAAUUUUAAGAUAGAAAUUCCAUGGUUGGAUGAGCAACCAACUUGAAGCAAAUCUGGGACUGCCCUUUUCUUCAAUGUUGUUUUGUUCAGAUUUUCAGAAUAAUAUUUCUUGUAACAUCUCCAGCUGCAUUUGAAUUGGCAAACAAGUUUCACUAAUUCUUUUGUUGACUUGAACCUUGUUCUAUGUGAGAUUAGAAAAUUAUGUGACAGAAUAUCAUGAUGAUGUAUAUUUACAAGUUUCACCUACUUAUGAUAAUUUUUAUUUUUUUAGGAGUAUUUGUCGCUGUGGUGAUGAUUAAGAGCAAGAAACCCACCCCAAAGAAAGAGAGUUGAAGAAGCUGUCUAGAAAAUGGAAUCUACUUUACAGUUAGACAAGAAAAAGAUUAAAUUAUUGUAUAAAACAAGAAACAUCUGACAAAUGGCAAAUGCACAUAGAAGAAGCUGUUGUCCAAUAAACUCUAUGUAGUAUUUGAUUUCCUUACCUUUUAUAAAGUAAACAUAAUUUUGCUUUCACAGUACAUUUUGCAGAAGAGGCUUGUGUGGAGCUGACAUAAGCAGCAAGAGCAAGAACACAGGGAGAACAGAGUUUAUUAUAUCAAGUGAACUGUUCAAGCAUUUUGUAUAUAAAAAGGAAAAAUAAAGAGGUU